CUUCUCUCUACUAGUAUAUAAAAGCGAGGGUUGCCCGCGGAGAAUCCAGUGUACACACUGACUCCCAACAUGGACAGCGCUGCCAAGCUGAAGGUUGUCAUCCUGUGCGGCCUCCUGGCCCUCGCUCUCGCAUCGGAGGAGUCAAAGACCGAGGCGAAGUCAGCCUCGAGCUCGAAAGAUCAGACGGACAAAUCGAAGCGCGGUCUCGAGCACAGUUUCGGCGAUCACGGAGGUUUCGGCGGCGGUGAUUUCGGCGAAUUGCACUUGGGCGGUGGCCAUGAUUUCGGCGGUCACGAGCACGUCACCCACGAGCACAUCAAGGCCACGACCAUCACGAAACACGUUCCCGUGCCCGCUCCGUACCCCGUACACGUCGAAAAGCACGUUCCCUACCCGGUCAAAGUACCCGUCAAGGUCCUCGUCGACCGUCCCUACCCCGUUCCCGUGCCCCAGCCCUACCCCGUAACCGUCGAAAAACACGUUCCCUACCCCGUCGAAAAGCCCGUGCCUUACCCCGUCAAGGUGCCCGUCAAAGUGCCCGUCAAGGUCCCCUUCGAGGUCAAAGUCCCCGUCAAAGUCCCUUACACCGUCCACAAGCCGGUGCCCUACCCCGUCAAGGUCCCCGUCGUCGUCAAAGAGCCCUACCCCGUCAUCGUCAAACACCACGAGCACCACGAGUCUCUGGGAGGCCAUGAUUUCGGCGGUUUCGGAGGACACGACUUCGGUGGCUUCGGUGGAUUCGGUCACCACUGAGACCGCGCUCGUCACUCCAGAGCCCAACGGAAGAACCGUUUCUACCGUGGACAUUUUUACUCCAAACUUCGAAUCACCGAUCAGCGAGGAGCAAAAAAUAAAAAACCUGUCCGGAAUAACGCCGGAAAAAUAAGCGCAUUUCUCAUCCCUCUGACACUAAAGUCGAGAAAUUUUUCUUUCUCAAACGAAUAUCUCACGUCCCAAACACUCUUUCGGCACCAGGAUAUUAAGGCGCUCCGAGAAUUCAAGCCACUCUCCAUUCAACGUGAUAAUUUCUUUGUUUUUAUGUUAUGUAUAUAUUUACUUUGUACAACCAAAAUAAAGAAGAUAUAUAUGUA